CGACUACUCACUCCCUUCGAACGCGAUAUCUCAAAAUUCUCGAUGCGUGGGAAGGAACUCAAAUCACCUCGGGCCCGAUAUGGAAUCCUCGAAGCCCCGUGGCUUCACACGCGGCGAGCAGAUGCGCCGUUCUAGACUUCGACCCCGCUAACGCAGAAGUCACGACGACGCAUCUAUCCAUGCUUUUUCCACGUCCGAAUGUCGGGCCUCAUUGGUGCAGGCCUGCUCUGCGCUCGUAUCCGUGUCCUACUCCCGCUAGAUCCUUCCCCCUCCCCAGUUGCUAGCGUACUCCGCCUUGGGAUGCAUCCCAAGACCGCUUCAUUUCAUUUCGCAGUGAGGAGUUCUGGGGCUGGGGCUAAGGAAGUGAUGAUUUGUAACCUCCAACGUCCUCUGAGGUCUCCGCCUAGCGGGAUGCGUGCCUCGCCCAUGGUGAGCCUUUGGGAAGACUCGAGCUCGUUAACAGCCAGAGGGAUGGAAAUCCCCUGCUCGGCCGAGCGUUUCUACAUGAAGAAUCAAAGGAACACCGCGAAAAGAUCAUUUCCCGGUAUCUGCACGGUCCCGAGAGCGUAUGGAGCGAUAUGCCCUCCAUGCGAUUUGACCAUUAUUCUUCGGCUCUUGGGAAUGGGUCUGCAUCUCCGUAAUGCGUUGUUGUGCUAGAAGCUGCCCCUCUAUUUGUUACUCCGCGGUUUACAACUGCAUUCACCGUAUAAAAGUCGACCGCGAACGCUCAUAGUACUCAUCGAAGGUCACCGCUGUCCAUCGAUACCGUGUUCCAUAAGCCUCUCGACAAUGGUCUAUCUCAACCUGCUCGCUGCUGUCCUCUCUGCCCUGGCUCUCGUCUCUAACGCUGCGAUCGUCAGCGGACCCAACUCCGCCCCCGAUCUCAGUGGUGUCAAGAUCGUCACUUCUCUUCCUGCGGGAGCCACCGCUUUCGGAUCGGACAACGACACGGACUGGACCGUCGCGUACGACAAGGACCUCAAGGCCCUCGGUCGCCUUAAGAACGAUGUGUUCUAUGCGCUGAUCAACCCCAACACGAAUUCGACCCAUCUAGCUGCCAGACAGGCAGCGCUCGGUGGCCGGUGCACUGGGCUCUCGGUCGGCGAGCUCCAGAGCCUUCCCGCUUGGCCCAACCUAGUGCAGUACGUAAGGGACACGCUCUCGUCGAGCGUCAGCUACAAUCUGUGGACGACUUGGGACGGAGUGACCCAAGCUACAGCCUGUGUCUCUGAGGGCAUCGUCUCUGUCGAACGGACUGGGCAAGCUCAAUGCAACACAGAUGAACAGACCUUCGAUGGCGACACCGUCGGUCGCAGCGGCGUAGUCACCCUUGCGGUUGUGUCCGGAUCGUCCACGACGGCCACGGAGUCUGUCACCCGAUCGGCAACCAUCGGUCUGAGCUACACUGCGAGCGUCACUGUUGGCAUCCCAGGCAUCGGUGAAGCCAGCGCAUCCUACACAGCGUCUGCUUCGUUCACGAAUGAGUUCGGCAAGAGCUUCGAGAAGACCAUCAGCAAGGAGAGCAGCCGCUCUGUGGCCGUCAACUCAGACCCUGGAGACUACUGCACCAUGCAGAUCAAAACUACGACCUGCUAUCAGCCGUCCCGGGGCCGCGUGGGCUUCGUCGCGGAUGGCUACGUCCGAUUCGGUUUUAACUCUCGGGUGAAAGACCACUACUACUGGCACAUUCCCAUCAGCAGGGAGUCCGAGGACAAGCGCACCUCGUACAUGGAGUUCACUGGCUCGAUCAACUCACAUGGAUAUGGCCGCUACCGUGCCGAGUGCAACAACCCUACAUACUUUGACAAAAUGAGAUUGUCUACUCUUGUUUCCGUCGUGUUUGCCUUGACCGGCGCUCACGCAAAGCCCAUCUCGCGCCGCGACUUCAGUCUCGCCUCGUACCAGGACGCUACUCCAUCGGAGCGCCGCGACUUCCUCCUCGCAGUCAACGCGAGCAACAUCAAUCUCUCGCAGGAUACGCUCGACAGCCUCAAAACCGUUCCUGUCGUCGAGAAGAAGAUGGCCGACAGUGGCACGUCAGAGCUCACUAACGACUGGCUGAUAAAGUGGAUCGCCGAGUUCCAGGACGAGGUGAAACAGGGGCAGGAAAGCGGGGAUGCGGAUGCGGGGUUGAGUCAGGUCUCAAAGCGACAGGAGGAGGAUUGCGGAGAUGGAGAGGAACAGGAAACGAAGCGGGGGGACGACGACGAACAGGCUGAAGAAACAAUUGCCGAGAAGCGAGACAAUGACGAGGGCGAGGGCGAGGCAAGGAAGCGGGACGAAGGAGAUGAGGAGGGCGAGAUCUUUGACAAGCGGGACGACGAUGAAGCCACGGAGGACGCAGGUGACGCCGAGGCCACCGAGACCACAGACGAGGACACAUCCGAAUCGAAGAGGAGCAAAGACGACGAAGAAGAUGCCGACAGUGACGCCGUCACCAAGCGUCAGGAAGCUGGUGAUGAGACCCCCGAGCUGGAAGAGCGGGAUGAUGAAGCCGAGGAUUGA